AUGACGAGUCUGACGCAUUUAGAUUUAACAUAUGUAUUAUAUACAGGUGAUAGUCACUUGAGCUUUUUGUUAGCUUUAGUUACUUUACUGCCAUUUGCAAUCUUAUCAGGAUAUGUCACACUUGUUUAUUUCAAUAGAGACGCUGUCAUAUUAAACGCAUUCGCUGGUCAACUCGCUAAUGAAGCUCUCAAUUGGUUGCUUAAACGUAUAUUCAAGCAGCCUCGUCCCUUUAUAGGUACAGGUUAUGGAAUGCCUUCUUCACAUGCUCAAUUCGUUGCCUAUACUGCGAUUUUCAUCACAUUUCACCAGAUUCAACGGAAUGGUUACCCUGGUAUGGAGUCAAAAUUGGCAUUUCUGGUGGCUAUAAUGAUAGCCUAUAGUAGACAUCACUUAAGUUACCACACUACCACUCAAAUAAUUGUCGGGUUUGUCAUAGGUAUGGUAUUCGGAGCUGUCUAUUUCACGCUUACCGAGUUAUCUUGUACCUUGAGGUUCUCCAAGAAGACACUCAUAGGCAAAAUUUGCUGGCUAUUACGUCAAACCCGUAGUUUAAUAGUCAACAAUCUCUCACUUAACGAUCAAACAUUAGCUGCUAGAGGAAAUUGA